UUCUCGCGAGAAUUCUGACUUCCGUCGUUACGCAGCAGUUUUCGUUUUUGCUUCGCUGGUUAAUAAAACGCUCCGAGUGUGUUUCCUCACAAAAACAAGAACAGUUUCACGGCUUUGGUCUGAAAUAUCUGCGUUUUACCGGACAAGUGUUUGUUUCGGUAAGGGAGGAACGUGACUUCCGUAUCCGGUGGGUUCAGUUCGCGGGUGUUUGAGCUCAACUUGAAGUGGUUUUAAUAAAAGUCUCCCAGCGACACGUUAACCGGCUCCGACUCUAUACUAUCUGUAGACUGUAUAAUAUAAUAUUAUGUAUAGUCUCUGCUCCUGACGGGUCUAUAUCGUGUAGUCUUUGUUUUAGCGUUAAACAGGAACUUCCAACCGUCUGUUCGGUGCCUCGGAGCGGAGAAAUGUCGCUGUUGUCGUCGGUGGAGCUUCUCAUAAAGAUGUACAAAGAAGAACAGGUCCAGAUUAACGCCAGGACCGAAGUCUACAGAGAAAUACUGCGGAGUCUAACACCAGAACCCAACACGAGCCCCGACGGGUCAGAACCAGCCGAUGAAGCUGCAGCAGACGCUGAUGUCUCACCUCAGGAGAAGGAGGACAUAGAGUUACUAGAGCGAGUUCUGCAGAAAGCCCUUCGGGUUCUUACCUCCUCAGAACCUUCUAAAGCAGGCUCUGGUGGAGAGAAGCUGUCUGGACCUGGAAGGGAAGUCAGCGUUUCAUCCGCAGCCGCUAAAGGAAGGAAACCAACAGCCGUGAAAUCUGCCAGUUUGGACAGAAAACAGCUCAGAAGACCUGGAUCCUGCUCCACACUGGCCUCCAGACUUUCAGCUGGCUCCAGACCUUCCUCUUCAGCUGGUCCAGCAUCGCUCUCCAGGAACCACCAGCUGAGAGGAGACCAGAGCAAAGCUGCUUCUGGAUCCACACCUUCAGACUGCAGGGAGCUUCAGCAGAGCAGGUCGGUUCUCAACUGCUCAGCAGAUAACAAGACCUCAUGUUCACAGAUAAACUAUGAUCUCUGGUGUCUCCAUCCUGCUAGGAGACCUUCUGAACACGCUGCUAGAUGGAGAUCUGUAAGGAACAAGCAGAACAGGUUGUGGGAUAAAGUCUCGGCCGUCCAGAGGAGACCUGCCGCAGGGAGGAGUGUCUUCAUGGAUCGACUGAGAGCUCUGUUUCCCAGCGAGUGGCCGAGCGGCAGCCCCGACCGGACCAGAGCUGUGGACAGACCGACCCACCAAGACCACCAGGAUCCUCGGUCCAGAACCCCAGAAACCGCCUCAGAGUCGGGCGGUCGGGAUGAAGAGUUCGGUUCCUGUGAGACGCCAGCAGAGGUCCAAACCUCUGCACAUCGAGUGGAACAAGAGACGGAAACGAUAUUUUUUGAAGACGACAGGAGGAAAGAACGAGGCGGUGAUGAGGACAGAAGAACGGAGCAGUUCAAGCCUUCCCUUCCCCCUUCCUCUGCUUCCCUCCUGCUUCAGCGUGUGAUGUCACCUCAGAAAGGACCAAUCACAGCACUCAGACUUCCCCGUUUGUCAUCCUUAGCCCCGCCCCUUGCCUUGUUCUUUAUAUCUCCUCCGUCUCUACGUCCUGCAGAGUGUAGAACAUGCAGACAGGGAGGGAGGCAGCGGAUUUCAGCGCUGACUGAGAGCUUUCUGCUCAUACAGACCUCCUCCUCCUCCUCCUCCUCCUCCAGACCAUCGGUAGGAUCCCAGCAGACGAGGUUGGUCGGGAUGGGAUGUACUACGGGCCACCUGGCCUGUCAGCCUCAGCCCCAGCAGGGCUCGGGGCAGGAGGGUCCGUCCCUGGAGGCUGGUGGGGCCAAAGUGCCGGAGGUCCUGUCCUCCCUGGAGCGUCUGUCCCAGGCCACCGGGGGCAUGGAGAAGUCCUGGUACCGCUGCAUCUUCCCCUUCGGGAUCAUCUCCCUGGUGAUCGGGGCGGCCGGCACCGGGGUGACCUACACCUACAACGACCUGCCGCAGACUAAGGUGGUGUCGGUGGUGCUGCUGGUCUCAGGGCUCCUCCUGCUGCUGAUGGCAACCGCCUGCUGGACCGUCCACAAGAAGAAGAGAAGGAAAAAGAAGGAGGGAGGCUCAUUCAGCUCUGAACAGUGUCCUCUGUGAAGCCCUGAGAGGAGCUGGAGAACAGACUGGGAUCUGGAGAACAGACUGGGAUCUGGAGAACAGACUGGGAUCUGGAGAACAGACUGGGAUCUGGAGAACAGACUGGGAUCUGGAGAACAGACUGGGAUCUGGAGAACAGACUGGGAUCUGGAGAACAGACUGGGAUCUGGAGGUUUGGCUGAACGCUGCUCCUCCAUUCACCAGCGUCUGGCUCAUGCUGGAGAUAACCGAGUAAAAACCAUCAACAGACAGGAAACUGAAGCUCUGUUUAGUCUGCCGGGUCCGGAGCAGCUUUUUGGAAUCUUUUCUAUCAGCAGCAGGUGUCCAGUGUCAAAACAACAUGUAUGCAGCGCGGCAGCAUAUUUACAGUCCUGGCCGACGUGCACGAGCUCCAGACACCCAAGCCGCUAUGCAGAGCUGCUGCUGGAGCAGCGCUGGCGUCACGGAGAACGUCAGUCGCAGCAUUCCUCCAGCAGGACAGGUGACUCCAAGAGGCCAGAUCUGGGCCAAAGACGGAAACCCGAUCCCCGGCCCAAAGAGCAGCGCUCCCCGUCAGCCGCCAACGUCAUUCGCUCGUCCUGUGACACGGCAGCAAUGUGUGGGGCUUUUUUUACGCAAUGGGAGAGUGGAACAUGAGUCCAGCAGGAUCUGACUGGCAUCUGUGUGGAGCUGGGAGGGCAGAGGACCGGCAGAGAGCUGCUGCUGGAUCAGAGCUUCAGGUGAUCAGAUUAAAGCCACACCAAGCAGAAAGCUUCUGAUCAGCAGUAGACUCUGAGACCUGUGUAGCUUCAGCUCCAGAAGAGUAGAGCUCUCUGCCUUCAUGUGUUUCGUAUCUGUGAGGGCCUCCAGGACUCUGAAGGGCCCCGAUCGGUGCCUUGAGCUCGCUCACAUUCCCUUGUUCCAUCUGAACUCUCCCUGGUCACCCAGCAGGACGUCCUCCUCUCUGUUCAGCUUUUGACUCCCACUGAGACACUAAACUGUGAUCAAACAUUCACCUUCUGUGCCAAAGAAGCUGUUUUCUGUGCUGUAGUGGACUGAGAACCUGUCUGGUGUUCUCCAGUGGAUCCCGGCUGAUGUUCCCUCUAGCAGUGAGAACAUAGCUGACCACCUGAGGAGCUGCUGAGGUCUCAGAAGGACUGAAGGUGUCGCAGUAGAAACGUUCAGAACGUAGAGAGAAGGUGGUUUCUGUCCAUGUGAAGGACUUUAUUGAUCCCUGCUGCAUUGAUCCUCCGGUUUACCUGUGGUGAGGAACACGUGUCUGAACAUGCAGGGCAGCAGUCAAACACGCCAAAGAGCCGCCGUGUGCCUGCUAACAUACGAAUGCAUUUAGUUGUUUCACACGGACUCUGAUCUCUGGUAGCUCAAAUGAAGGGAGGAGAGGAUGAAUGUGGAGGUGAAGAUGUCAGCACCUUCUGGGAAUCAUUCCUGUUCAUGUGAACCGUCCUGAACAGAACCUGGAUCUGGAUCUUCUGAUUUUCUGACCUAAGUGCUGAUAAAAUUAUUAAUGGUUUCUUCUGGACAGUCAGACAGACGAGGAGCUGAAAUAUUUUAAUCCAGUCAGUUUGCUCUGAUCUCCUGGACUUCCUGGGGCUCCACCUGUUCAGGUAAACUCCUGUGAAGUGUUGAUGUUCAGCAGAUGAUGGAAGAAACAGAGCCUCACAGACACACCAGUGAUGUUCAGCUGUCUGCCUGCAGUGUUUUUGGCUGCUAGCUGUUAGCUGCUAGCUGUUAGCUGCUAGCUGUUAGCUGCUAGCUGUUUCUCUCUACUGUGCCAGAAUCCUGACACUGACCAGAAUUCGUUGUUCUGCCUUCUGGACGUUAAAGGGAAAGUCUACCUCUGAGCAGAAGGGAAACGUCCCUCUUUGCCUUCGCUGUUCGUCACACUGAGCGACUAAAACGUGUCGGUUUGUGCUCUCUAAUAUCUGGUGCUGUAUAUAGAACUAUUUUUUAUUUGUACUGUAUAUUUCUACUUCUAUUUGAGCUGUUUCUGUAUGUUCUGUAUUAAAUAAAUGUCAUGUGAACACGUUUAUCUGA